UUCCAGCUCAAUCGAAUAUGACAGUUGGAUUUGAACUGUUAUUUCAAAAUGCUUUUAUAUUUGCUGCUUCAUUGAUAUAUAAAGUUGGUCGUGUGGAAGAUCAAUGGUAAAACAAAUAUAGGUUUAUUUAAGUAUAAAUAAUAUGCACUACACCUUAUUUAAUUAUGUGUUAAAUUUUUACAGUGACUAAAAUUAAUGUUAUUAACAUUUAGAAUUAUAUUGUAAAUAUAUAUAUUUUUAAAUAUAUUACCUAGGUAUUAUAUUUUAUACAAUUACUAAUAGGGUAUGAUAAUUAGGUUUUGGAGAGAAUGUAAGUUGAAGAACUGGAUUUAAUUAUUAGAUUAUGCUCUAUUUUGUUCUAUAUUUGAGUACGCGUUAAUUAUUUAUCCUAUUCAACUGAUUCUUCUAAAAUGCAAAAACUCCAUAGUUUGGUAUAUACUCAACAUUCUGUCUCCAGCAUCUAAUUAUCUUAAUAUUUAAUUUGUCAUAAGUGUACUUUAAUUUAAACAAAUUAAACAAAAUAUAUUUCUUAUUUACUUUCAUUAAUUAUUUUGUAUAUGAGUUUAUGAUACUGACCUCUACUUCAGUCCUAUAAUAGUACAUAUUCUUCUUUUUGUAAUAUAGUUAUAUACAAAUUGUAAAAGGGUUUAACAUUAUUAAUAUAAAUAUAUAAAUAAAAUAAGUGCAUUAAUAUACUUAAAUACUGGUUUAAAAUAUAAUAUAAAACAAUAUAUAUUAAACUCACAUUCUGUAAAAAAAAAUUUCAGGGUGGGAAGAUAUUUUUAAACAAUGCAACCCACGGUGUUUGAAUAGAUACCUAGUAUUUAAGAAUAUAACAUUUUAGAGCGGCUAGUUUCAUUCGUAGAAACCAUCCAGUAAUAGUUGAGAAAAGAGACAAGGGAGAAGAAGAUAUAAUAAUUUUCAAAGAAUAAUAAAAAUUUUAACUUUUAAAAUAAUAUCUUAAUGAAAUUUAUUAAAACAUUUUUGUUUAAACAAGAUAGUAACAUUAGAACAAUAUAUUUAUAACAAUAAUUCAAGAUCAAGCAUUGGAACAAAUGAUUAUCUUAAUUUGAGAUUUUCAUAGAAAAUGUUUUCAAUUAGAUAAGUUCAGAUAAAUGUUCAUCUUUCCAUUCAUUUUUUGGCCUAUUACUUCUUGGCAUAUAAGUUGAAUUGUUGCUUUUUGAUACAAUAUGUAUAUUGUUAAAUGAGGAUUAAUUUUUAAACUUAUUGAACAAUUUUUUUCUUAUCCACGGAGGACUCAUGUAAUUGUUUAGAUUUUCCAUCACUUAAAUUAUUUUUUGAAAUGUUUUCAGUUUUUUUAUUUUUAUUUGUUGGGUAUUUUUUUUUUAAACUAUUAGUUUUAAUCUUACUUUCAUUAUCAUUUUUUGAUAUAGAUUGUUGUUGGUGAUUACUAUUAUUUGUAUCAAAAUUAUUUUUACUAGCAUAAACAUGUGGUUUUUUAUUAGGAUAACUUCUAUAUGAGUUUCUAUUAUAAUUUUGACUUUGAGAAUUAGUUUUAUCAUCAUUUAAAUGUUGAUUCUUAUUAUUGUUUUUAUUUAACAGUUUUUUGAAUUGAUUACAUGUGUUGUAAACAAUUACUUUUUCUUCUGUAUUCCAUUUGGGAAGCUUGGAUAUAAGUUCAACUUUGGCAGCUAAAUCAUAUAAAAAUUGCUUCACUCUGAAUAAUCCAUUUAAUUUAAAUAAAGGAUAAGCGAACUGAAAUUAAAAAAGAAAAAUAUUAAAUCAUAAAAUACUGUACCUAAAUAAAAAAUGUAUUUUAGUUAUUUAGAAAUACAGUAUUGAAUUUAGUUAAUAAUUUUUCUUAACAAUACUUAAUUUGACAUAAUUACAUUUUUCACGUAUUUUAUAACUUCGUAAGUAUGGUACAAAACUGGUUCACCUUUUACCAGAUUAUUAAUACAUUCAUCUUUUAAAACAAAUUCUUAACUAUUAAAUAAAAGAAAUUUAUUUGCAUUUGAUUGAAACUGUAGUGUACAAAAAUUAUUUUCACUUUUUGUUAUAAUCCUUCUAUAGAUAACCUUUAUUAUAUUAUUUGUUAUUGAGAUUAUUUACAAUAAAAAAUAGGCAAUUUAGGUAUUAUCUAUAUAAUUUACUCAAAUUUAGUAUUUUCAUUAUAUAGACGUUUUACUAUUACUGUGAUUUAACUUUUUUACAACAUUAAUUAAUAUAUAAAUUAAUACAUCUUUUCAUAAAUUACAAUUGUUAAUAAUGAACUUGGUAAGUUUUUAUGAAAUAUUAUUUAUUAAUUAAAGAAUAUGUAUAAUUUGAUUUUUUUUAAGUUUAAUUUCUAUGAUUUACAUACGUAAUUUUUUCAUUAUUAUAUAUUUUAUUAAUAUAUUGAUUUUACUGGUUUUUUUUUCUGUCUGUGAACAAUUUUUCUACCAGAUAAUUUGCUUAGAAGUAUAGAGUGUUGCACCUUUUCUGAAGCCUAAUUUUCUCUAGUUGGUGCAUUUGGUAGUAAUUUUUCGAUUUUCCAAGGAGGUUUUUCGAAAUAAUUGUGAAAAAUCUUAAAGAAAAAUAGAGGUGAAAUGGGAAAUAUUUAUGGCAUGUUUUCAUGGUUUUUAUUAUGUUAACAUAAUGCUUUCUACCAGAAAUAUUGCUUCAAUCCAAAAAUGGCAAAAUCUCGAUUUUGUUCCUUAUAAUAUUACAUCACUUACAGAUAAAGUCGUUUUUGAAUAUAUCCAAAGGGACUUUUCUAAUAAUUGGGAAAAACUAAAAAAAAAAAAAAACAAUUUUCCAAAUUACAAAAUAAUGUUUUCAUUAUUUUAAAUUUGUACGGCUCAUGUUUUUUACCAUUAUGAUUGCUCCAAUUAAAAAAACAUCAAGAGAUAUUUUUUGUUGAAUUUGUAAUCUAGUUGGUGAACAAGAAAGUAGUUAUUUUAAUAAUUGAGCAAAACCGAAAAAAAUGCAGAAAGUACAGGCAAAAUAUUUUUUUUUUAAUUUCAUCAAUUUUGUUUUUCUUAAUGAAACUUCCAUUAUGAAAAAGAAAUUUCUAUUGGAAAUUCUUUUUCAGAAAUGAAUUAAUAUGUCAUUUGAAUAGAUAAGUAAAUAGUACACACUAAAUAUAUUAUUACUAUGUUUAUCUGUAUACACAAAAGGAUAAACUAACUGAAUGAUCUAUCAAUGCACAGCUCAAACCACUGGAUAGAUCGGGCCAAAAUUUGGCAUACAGAUAGUUAUUAUGACGUAAGUAUCUUCUAAGAAAAUAUUUUUCAAAAAUUUAACCCCUAAAGGGGUAAAUUUGGGGAUAAAAGUUUGUAAGAAAGUAGUCUAUUUUUAAAGUAGAAUUCAUACCAACGGUAUUUGACGUUUUGGCUAGAAAUUAAUUGGAAGUUAAGAAACACGAGUAUCGAGAUUUUUGAAAUUUUCACCCUCAAAAUGUUAAAAUAGGAGAUAAGUCUUCCACAAUUUUUACAAAAAUGUAUAAGUUUUAGGGGUUUUAACUUACAAUGACUAUUCUUGUACCUUAGAUAAAACUGAAAAAGGAUCACCUCUAUCAUAAUUCUAUCCCAAAAACUAAUUAAUUAACUAUUAUUAAACUCAACUAACAAGAACCGACUCUAUAUGAAGUAUACGUGUAAAUAAUAUUGGAACUGAUAAACCCACUCCAUCCUUAAUUUGUAAAAUGUUAAAAGGUGUGUCAACUCUAUGCCUAUUAUGACAAAUCAGAUUGGACAAUUUUGGAUAAAAAUAUUACAGUGAAACCUUGGAGGAACAAGGUAAUUAAAAAAAUAUUUCAACCGACUGUAAUUAAGAGAUAAUGUCAGAUCUUCCAAUAAAUUAAAAUGCGUGCUUAAAAUAAAUAAAAGGGAGAGAAAUUCUGUACAUAUUAUUUUGAAAUAAAAAACAAGUUAACCAGAUGCCCCAAGUCACUCAUUUCUAUGUUAUUUGAAUUUUAAAUUAAUGAAGUUAAUUGGAAAAUAUAUUGGUUAAGUUCUGAUAAUAAAUCCAACAUGUGUAAGUGGAUGUUUAUCUACACUUGAAUAAUAAUUUAAAUGCUUAAAAAUUGUUGAAAUUAAAAAUAAUAAUAAUUUAAAACUUAAUUAAAUAAUAUAUAUUUUUAUCAUAGAAAAAUUAAAAAUGUCGUUUUAUUACUUUUUGUUUGUUCAAACUUCAAAAUUUUCUGAUUAAAAACAAUGAUAAAAAAUGUAUAAGUUGAUAAUUAUUAAUUAGUUAGUUUCGGUUGAAAUAUUUUUCCACUUAAAUAUUUUCUUAUAAUUUGAUGUUCAGCUUAAAUACAGUCGAUUGAAAUAUUUUCGGUUGUUUUAUAGUCCUUCCUAUUCGAUGUGUAAACAUUGUUGUUUUUCUCUCAAUACAUCAAAGUUUUCGAUAUUUUCAAAGUCGAUGUUCAAUACAUCGAAUGUUCAAACAAUUAAGAACAGGAUGAAGAUACAAUGAAUUUCAUCUGAUAUACCAACUUUUACAAACCUAAUCUGAAAAUUUCAAAUACCUACAAACAGAUUUAAACAUAAAAUGGCAUUUCAAAAACCAAAUCUGUUGAAAACUCCACAAGGUGUCUGCUAUUACAAUAACAGUGCAUUGUAAUAUGUUUAUCUAUUGUUUUGAACAAUUCUACCCAACUACUACUAAUUGUAAGUAAUUAGUAGCUCUAACUACUACUAAUAAUAAGAUAAAGGGGCCUACUGUAAGCCUGGUUUUUGAAUCAAAAAAAUAUCUUACAGACUACAUUGAACUUCGUUUUUCAAUAAUUUUAUAUUAAACUUUAUAAUAAAAAUUUUCUUUAAAAAUAAGCAAUUUAAAAUUUUUUUAUUAAGUUUUAAUACCAUUAUUUAAUGCUGUUUAGAAUAUUGUUGUUUAUACAUUUUAAUAAUAGUAAGGAAAUAUUAUAUUGAAAAUAAGGUUUCUCUAUUUCUGUCUGUAAAAAUGACUGUGUAUCUCUUCUACUUAAAUGGGUAUCAGGCAGUAAAUUAGUGAACAUUUUUAUCUCUAAAAUAGUUAUUGAAAUAUUAAAAAUAAUUUUAAACUUUUAGAAAAUUAGAAUAAAUUAUUGAAGGUAAACCAUUAUAUAAUGAUACUCAGCAUAAGGUGUCAUAAAAUAGCACCCAGGUAUAUUUAUAUAAAAUAAGGCUUAAAGCGCUUGAAAUCCAAAAAAUACAUAAUUUAUUUAUUUGAUGAAAUCGCUUCAUUACUUUAAGCUCUACGAGGGAUAUACUGAACACAAAGAUAAUUUUCCAUAGUCAAUAAUAAAAUAAAUUGUUAAGUAAUUAAAAUAAUGGAUAAGAAAAUAAUAAUAUUAUUUAUUUGUGUCAUUAUACAACCAAAAUACAUGGUGUACAGAGUAUAUUUGAGCAAAACUGAUUUACAGUUAAGCAGAUAAAAUUGGUUUUUCUACAACAUACCCUACUGACUAUAGUACCUAUAUAACAGUAGCUAAAAUAAAUGUCAAAUUUUUAAUUUUUGUAACUCUUAUCGCCAUCUAACAAGAAUUUUAUCCUGUUAUUAUUACGUAGUGUAUUUCCUAUUGCAGUGGACUAUCUAUUGUAUAUAUAAUCAAUGGUUAUACCUAGUAGUAAAAAAAAAAAAAUGAAUAUAAUGUAGUAGUGUUUUUUAAAAGCAUUAAGUUCAAAUUGUGUAAAAAUCAAGUUAUUUCAAAUCACAUCACUGAAAUUCUCCCAGAAACAUUCUUUGUUGCAUACCCAUAAUUAUAUUUACAAUGUCACCUAGUGUAAAUUCCUUAAAAUAUACUCUGAAUUUGAUAAUAGUGUAAGGAGGAUAGUAUUUUAAAUGCAAACCUAAACCUUGAAGACUAAGUCUUUGGCCGCCACUUUUCGCUUGAUCAUCUUAUAAAUCAACUUACAAAAACUGUAUAAAUAAUAAACUUAAAAAAGCAGCUAUUACUUUUUUUUAAAUAUUAUAAAUAAUUUUAAAAAAACUAAGAUUUUUUUUCUUGUUUAAGUACUUACAAUUAAAUGUCGUGUUUUGAAUGUAUCAUCAAUAUUUUGAUCCAUGUAUAACUUUAAAUAGUGCAUAGUUUCCUUCGGGUUAUUUUCAUAAUAAUAGUAAUAUAUCAAUAUUUGUGAUAAAAUAAUAAGCCUUCUUUUUGGGCUAUUAAAAACAUCGUAAAUCAUAUUUAAUGACUGUACCAAAGGAUAUUCUUCAACAGGUUUAAUAAGACACUCGACUUUUAUUAAUUGUAGUGAACAAUCAAAAUUACCAGCAGCCAUUCCACGAGAUAGAUGCAAUUUUGCUUUUUCAUAGUUCUAAAAUUACAAUAAUAUAUUUUUAUUUUUCAAAAAUAAUAAACUAUUAUUAAUUAAUAGUUAUUAUACCUUUUCGUGUUUUAAAUAAUAUUUGCCCAAAACUUGAUCCACACGACUACAUUUAACAUUAGUUAAUUUUUGAAUAACUCCAUCAAUUGUUUUUUUAAAUUGAAAUUCUUUUGGAAAAUCAUUGUAUACCAUUAAACACGAAUUAAGUAGUUUUACAUUAUCAUUAGCUAACUCGACUGCUUUCCUGUUAUGAAUAAAUAUUCUCAAACAAUAGCAAUUAGCAAAAGCACAUUUAUAUAUUAAUGAACAAACCGCAGAAAAAUCAGAAUUUUGAAGAAAUUAUAAAGAUAAAAAGCAAUAUUUAGUUCAAUAUUAUAUUUCAAUGGUUAAACAAUUUUAAGCUAAAUAUAGAUCAUUAAUCAUAUUUUAAUCCAGAGAUAUUUCAUUCGUACAUAAAAUCAAUUGAGGUUAUAGCCGAUUCACACUUAUAUGACAACACAACACGACAAAACAUACUGGCAAAUAAUUUUGUGAACAUUUGUAGAAAAAUGUUAAAAUACAAAAAUCAGACUGAGUAAAACAAAAAUUGUAACCAAACUAAUAUCAAUUUAAAAUAGUGUAGCUAAGUGCACGUCAAUCAUUGCAGUUCGUAUGUGAACUCGACGACAUUUUUGUCUAUUAUGUCAUAUUGUGCUGUACCGUUCAAGAGUGAACCGGGCUUUAUACUUAACUAUAUCUUCUAUCUAAAAAUAUUUUCUUAUAAGUCAGGGUCUCAGAAUAAGAUAACGUAGGGGGAGGGGGUUAUUUUGUAAAUGCAUCUAAAGCGCAAAUUUAUGAUGAACUCAAUGAUUAAAUAAACUAAGAGUAUAUUCAAAAACGUAAACAGAGGGGGACGAUCACUCCUAUACCCCCUAUAACCCCCUGGAUCUGUCACUUAAAGUAAAUAGAAAUAUUAAUUUAACACUAAAAAUAAAAGCAGUUGAUAUCAUCAAUCUUCAUAAUCAAAAUAAUAAUUAGUGUAAGUUUAGUAAUUUAAGUAACAAUUCUCAGUCCUAGCAUAGACCCAGCAUAGGACUUAUACAAAUUAUUAUUUAAAGAGCAUGGUGCUGAUUAUUAACUAAGGGACAAAAUUUAGGCUAUUCCUAAUCACAUCGUCAACUGUUAACCUUGUGUUUGUUGUAAAUGAAUAUUAGUGUGAGUGUGGUUUCAUGAACCUACCAUCACCAUAGCAGAUCUGGUUUUGUUGUGCUCGACAUCAUUAUCAGUUAUUUUUGGUUUAUUAUCCAAAUUAGAUAAAAUUCUGUUGAUAUAACAGUAUGCAUAUUGUAUAAAAAUAUUAUAAUAAAAUAUAUAGGUAUUAUUGUUAUCGAGUAUGGACGCUUGACAGAAUUUUGUUUGCUAAUAUUGUUCAGUCUCGUUUUGACCUUUCCUCAGUACUCGAAUUCAUAAAAUAUAAGAAGGACCAUACAACGUAAAAAAAAAAAAUUGCGCCCCUUGUAAUUAUUGAACUAAAUAUAACUCAUGGAGGGGCUUAGCCCUCCACACCUCCCACACCAAUUUUCAAACAUAAUUCAAUAAUUCAUAAUUUCCAAAAACAAACACUAUCUAAUGUAGGCUAACUUUUGCUUACACAGUAGUAUAGUAGCUACUAUAGUAGAUAUUAUUUAUAUUAGAUUCUAAUAUGAUGGUUACUACUAUAAUUCUAUUAUGAUGAUGUGUUUGUUCUUUUUCUGUAUCUGAACAACUUUUCUAGAAGAAAUCUUGCUUUAAUUAUCAACUUUAAAGGCAAUGGUAAAAAUUGUAAUCUCAUUGGUGCAAUAAUGAGUUUAUUUUUAGAUCAUCUUUAUAAUAUUCUUAAUUAUGAAGAAAUUCUUAGAAACGCCAGGAAAUCUUGCAUCUGUUACAUUUACUGCUUCUGUUUUAUUCUAUUUUGUUUAUGAAAAAUAAUUGUUAAGGUCAGAAAUUCCAGUGAAUACUUUUAUAAAUAUAUUCUCUUAUAUAUAGCUCUUUCCAAAGAGCUAAAGAAACGUUUUACAGGCCGCAUUGACCUCCAAUUUUUUAAUUCCAAUUUUAAAUAAUGGAAUAAAAACUUGGAAUUAUCUUUUUUUUAAAACUCAUUAAAAAUGUUAAGAAUAAAAUAUUUAAAAACAGAGUUCAAUGGCCUGUAGAAUGUUUUUAAUUAAAAAGAACAAAAAUUUUUAAUUUGGUUGAUUCUGUUGAACAGUAUCACUAUUUUCGUAGUGUAUUUUUGUGGGCAAAACAACAACAUUGGCACCUUAAGUAGUUUUUCUCAUAAAAUAUAAUGUGGAAUAUGAGUAGUAUUUAAACUUUUUAUACUUACAAUAUUAGUUCUGAUGACAUCUUAUAAUAGUUAUUAGAUAAUUUUUUGUUUUUUUUUAAUUUCUGUGCGAAUGCUGCUUCUUUAUAAAUUUUUGAAGCUUCAAUCAAUGGUCGAGAUUCAAUCUCAUUUGAACAUAAGCUUUGUGCUGCAUUUAAUUCAUCUGAUGUAGGCAUUUCAUAUUGCUCAUUAUAACGCCUAACUCGUCCUUUGGCUUUUAACCAAGUGAUAAUAUUCUCAGAAUCCGUAGGAUGAAGAUCACAGGCUUGUUUAGCAAAUUUUAAAGCUUCAUCAUUUCCCUUCGGUGGAUAUUCCAUAAAUACCCUGGCUCUAAUUACAUUAAUUGCCGCUUUUUCAAAUUUACUAAAAUGAUUAACUGGUUUAACAAAUUCCAUUGUCUAAGGGAAUACAAAUUAUUUAAUUAAAUUCUAAAAAAUUAAAAAACUAUACAGUCUGGUAAAGCAGAGUUAAUUUUUUUUAAGCAAAUUUUGAUUUAUUCAAAAAUAUUUAAUUCAGUUAUCUCGAUUACUUGAUUAAUUAAUUAGGAUUUUUUUUUAUUAAAAAAAAUCACCAGAGUUCACUAAUUUACAACAUGGAAAUUGCUGAAACCUUGGUCUUGUAUGGCGGAGUUGGGUUUACAUUUAGGACACCUCCACCUUGCAACAGUAUUAGAAAUACUAGGUUAGGUAAGUUAGUGGCCAUCGCCCUCCUGUAAGGGAAGCCUGUCAAAGAGCUAUGUAGCAGUCAGCAAGCAAAUGUUUAUUCCGUAUUCCACAUAUUAUGUUUUAUGAUAUACCUAUAGUUUUCAAAUAAAUAACUUCUAAAAUAAUAAUUUCCUCUAAUUGCACCAUCAUCUUCAGCAUUGAAAACUCAAUUUUUCCUAUUAAAAUUUUUUGCAGUUUAAUAUCCGUCAGUAGUUCAUCGUAUAUUAUACAGGUACUCGAGAUAACCAAAAAAUACAAACAGUAUAACAUAAUAAAAUUAUAAUUAUUAUUAUGAAAACUAAAUGAUUGAUGAAAGCUGGAUAAUUGUUGAAUAAGAAAAUAGUUUAAUAUUUACUUUUUCAAAAUCAAAAUCCAACGUUAAAGCAAUAUAAGCAUUAGUGGCUCGAGCAAUAUGAUUGCUAGUUUCUAAAUAAUGAUUAUUUAACUUGUCAAAUUUACAUGUCUCCACAUAUUUAACAAUAUUUUGGAUUUCAAAUAAUGAUUCUUUAUGUCUUCCAUUAGUAUAAAGUUCAUAACAAACAACCAAUUGAAAAAAAAAUCUAAAAUAUUAAAAUAAUUAAAUACUGUUUUGUUAAGUUUUUGUACUCAAAUUAUUUGAUAUUUAAAAAAAAACAUUACAACACUACCUGUGUAAAUUGAAUACAUCAUUUUCAUUACUCAUAUUCAUUUUUAUUUUUUCUUGAAUUUUAUCAAUGAGAUUUAUCAUCAGAUUUUCACUGGUUCCAGUUUUCUCUUUGAUCUCCCACGAAAAGAUAGUCUCAAAGUUGUUUUUUAUUUUAUUUAAUUUUGUCUGUAGGUUGUCAAUCACAUCGAGUUCUUUAAAAGCGGUAUUGUCAAUAGUCAAGCUGUCUAAUGCGUCAGAUAAAGCAGCCAUUUUUAAAUUACCUAGGUACAUAUAAAACAAUAACAAUUACAAUUAUUUAAUUAAUUAACAUACAAUCAAAACUUACUUGAGAGCUCGAUUCACUAAAUUAUUGUUUAUUCACUUAGUGUAAUGGAAAUCAAUUUGAAUUUCUCUUCGCAUUAAAAUUAUUUCAAAAAACAAAACGAAAAUAAUAAUUGAUAUAAAAGAAAAAAAUGCAACGUGCUACUAUAAUAUUACAGUGAUUGAAUUAAAAAUAUUGAUAAUUAUGAAAAUAUUAUCAGAGAUUAUAUAACACCAGACGGUGCACUUCUCAAUUUACUGUAGUCGGUUUUACAAAACUAAGCACUCGAUCGAAGCGCGACCCGUGGCCAAAUCUCGUCAGGGUUUUAAAAAAUGUUCAUAUAAAAGCGCGCCAAAUUAAAAAAAAUAUAUAAUGACAGCUGUUAGGUAUAUUUCACAUUUUAGUAACCAAUGUAUACUAAAAAAACAACUGCUAUUAUAUCAAAGAAAGAAAAUAUGAACUCGAUUAAAUUGUCCUUCAAAUGGGUCAUGAAGUUGUACUCUUGCCGCCAUACCAUUGCAAAUACAAUCCCAUUGAGUUAAUAUGGGCACAAGUAAAAAGGGAAGUCGCUAAAAAUAAUAAAACUUUUAAAUUUGCUGAUGUCGAAAAAUUUUUAAAUGACGCAUUGGAGUCAGUAACUGUUGAGGAUUGGAAAAAAUAUACCGAUCACUGUAAUAACCUACAAGAGGAGGAUUUCAUCAAAGAAGGAUUAAGAGACGAAAUUUUGACACUAACAAAAUACUAACAAUCAAUCCAAAUGAUAGUAGUGAUUAUGAGAGCGACAGCGAAGGAUCUUAAUUUUUUUUAUCAAUAAUGACCGAAAUAAUUUUGAUUUAUUGUAUAAAAAAUAUACUUAUGUGUACUCAAAUCAUAUUUAAUCUACUUAAUAAAUUAUAUUUUAAUAAACUGCAAAAAAAAAAGGUUUUCGUUAUUAUUUAAAAUGAUUAAAAAAAAUAAACAAGAUAAUAAAUUGGCGCGCAUUUGGGAAACAAUGGAAUUGCUAACUUAGUCCACGGGUCACGCUUUAAUCGAGUGCCUAGUGUUGGAAAACCGACUAGAAUAACUUAAACACACUCACUCAUAUUUAUUUCUAUGCAAUACAGCAGGGCCACAUAAUGAUGAAUAAAUU